GACUGCAUUAGGGUCACUCGCUCUGCACCACGCGCUCAUUUCAAAACGCCCGUCUUUCCACUUUCGUGAUCGAGGGGGAUUUUACAGACCAUUCAACCUGCGGAGCCACAUUUGCAUAAAUCAGGUAAAAAUAUGGAGCUGUCCGCUCUGAUUUCUCCACUGGUAGUGAGGUUUAAUGUUUGAGGGCUAAUACUGACCACAGAAGCCACACUAACGCCAAGUUAAUCCGUAAAACUGUAAAGACUCGCUUCGCCAUUCUGCUCGGAAAUGAUUCGAGACUCAGUUUGAAGCGCUGUCGCCCUUUUACAUUGUGUGUAGGUAAUUGCUGAGGAAUAAGCAGGAGAUAAGCGACCCACUGCACAGCCCCCCUAAAAGUGCAGACGGUAAUUACUUCAGAGCUGGAAGUCUUCAGUUGGUUUUGUGACUUUUAUGGCACCGAGGCGCGUUUGACGCAUUCUUUAGUAAGAUGCCCCCUCCCCCCCCGCCUCCUUCCUCCUGUCCCUUUUAGCGGCGAAAUUAUCAAUACAAUACAAAUGGGGAAAGGAAAGGCACAGACGUUUCCCCUUUUACAACCAAGAAAAGCCCGAGGAAACGAAAAGAAAACAGAUAUUUCACACAAAAUAAUGAAAUGAUCUCCCUGUUCAAACUUCCUCAGUGGAGCUCUUUGACUGAAGUGUAAAUAAGCCAAUUUAGUGAAAUAUAUAUUAACCACUUUAUACUGUAAAUGCCCAUGAUGCCUGCUGUGGCGUAACGUUGGCGAUUUAACCGGCAAAUAUAUUCAAUGUUAAGUAGCUUUAAGCUCUUAUCAUCAGGACAGCUAUGCCAUGCACAGUCCACUGUUUUAAUCUAAAAACAUAAACAUAUCAUCUUUAAAAUGUCAUGCCAAGCAAGACAUGGUGCGCAAUAAUCUGGACAGGCAGUUCGAUGAGGUGAAUUCGUGCAUAAAACUCCAAUAUUCCCACAAACUCACUCACUGAGCAUGUUGUUUGCCUCCCUCUCUGACUUAUGACGCAUUUGACGCAUUGAUUGUUGUACAUUUAGGUCAUAUUUCCCUCCUUAUCCAAAAGAGAGAGCGAGAGAGACCGAGAGAGAGAGAGAGAGAGAGAGAGAGAGAGAGAGAGAGAGAGAGAGAGAGACUGUUUUCCUUAAACAUUAUCAACUGAAACCAGUGGGAUAUGAAGCUACAAGCUACAUAUUCCCCUCGUACACAGCGCUCUCAAUUGGUGGAGAGUGGUCAGGUGACGUUGUCAUAUUGUCCUUCCUUGAGCCAAGCCUUGGCUAUAACACUUGGUUUGCGCGUCUUAACCGGAGACUAGAAAUUAAUAUUAUUGAAAUCCCGCUUGAACUUCAUUUGAAAGCGAGUUUGGAAGGCAGGAAGGAGAAGCGCGGUGUGUUGUGUUGUGAGAGUGAGAGUGUGUGUGUAUGUGAGAGUGUGUGUGUGUGUGUAUGCAUGGGCGAGGGACACACACACACACUUAGGCGCGCAGAGAGGAAAGCGUGAGAGAGCCUGGGAAAAGGUGGGAAAUAAGAAAGAAGGUAGAGUUGAGGAGAGGGCGAUAGGGGGGGAAACAAACGACAAAACAAAACCGGCAUGAAUUCGUAUUUCGCGAACCCGUCGCUCUCGUGCCAUUUAUCCGGUGGCCAAGAGGUUUUGCCCAACAUGCCACUGAACACGAGCACCUAUGAUCCGGUCAGACAUUUCUCGUCUUACGGCUCCACGGUGACCCAGAACCGGAUUUACGCGUCCCCUUUCUACUCCCCCCAAGACAACGUGGUGUUCGGGUCAAGCCGGGGACCCUACGAGUACGGAUCUAACGUGUUCCUCCAGGACAAGGACGUGCUCCCCAGCUGCAGGCAAACGAGCAUGGGACUCAAUGCGCAGAGCCACGUUGCUCAGGACUACAGCCUGGAACAAGCUCGAGGCGGGACGCAGGAGCAGAAGGGAAACAUCCAGAUCUACCCGUGGAUGCAGCGCAUGAACUCGCACAGCGGAGUUGGGUACGGCUCAGACAGAAGGAGAGGUCGACAGAUUUACUCCCGAUACCAGACCCUGGAGCUGGAAAAGGAAUUCCACUUCAAUCGCUAUUUGACCAGACGCAGACGGAUUGAGAUCGCCAACGCUCUUUGCUUAACAGAGCGCCAGAUCAAAAUCUGGUUCCAGAACCGCCGCAUGAAAUGGAAGAAAGAGACCAACCUAACUUCGACUGUAACCGGAACCGACUCGGGGCCAACACAGGAGGCAGAGAAACAGAGUGUUCAGGAGAAGACAGAAGAAGUGGAAAAGAAUGACUAAUAAUACGUUUCUAUGUUUUGUAUUUUAAUCCUAAACGCCUGUUAAACUGCAACGUAACUACCUAAACUUCUCAGAAAUGCAAUUGUAACUGCAUGGACUGUAUAUUCUGCUAUACCCUUUCCCUUUUCCCUAUCAAUACCACACAAAUACUCACUUAGAGUAGAGAGAGAGAGAGAGAGAGAGAGAGAGAGAGAGAGAGAGAGAGAGAGAGAGUAUACCCAGCGUUAUGCAAUUCACACCUCUUUGUAUUGCCUUGUUUUUUGGCAGUGUGGAUAAACAAAUAAAAGAAAGUCACCAAUACAUGCUAUUUGUGUGGUACCCAGCCCUAGUAUUAUCGUGUUUCUAUAGCCUUGUAGACAGUUACUCUAUGAAAUGAACUGUGCGCUAAUUGGAUCAGUGGGCUAUGCUUUUGUUUUCUCACUGAUACAGUUUGCAAAAAAUGUACCAUCAGCAUUUCAAAUGUGAAGGAAAAAAUAUAGUCUAUGCACAUGUUGUGUUGUUUUGUUCUCGCUCAUUUGUACAAAAGCACCAGCAUUGACGGGAUGAACCGUACUACCUAAACUCUUCUAACUUUUUGUGUUCAUUUCAUUCGCCUAUAUCCCGUCAGUGCAUGGAUGUGCAAAGCGCCGCUGUACUGGCUAAAUAUGUACUGUUCAGUGAAUUUAAUAAAAUAAAACAAAAUAAAAAACUCUUAUAGCCAUCAUUAUAAUGUCUUAAAGCGAAUAAAUCAGCUAUGAAAAUGUAAAAAAAGAAAAAGAAAAAAGCAAAAAAAAAAAUACCUUGGUUCGCAAUUACAAGUCUAUUG